AUGAAUGAUUCAAGAGCCUUUGAAGACCCUCGGUCUGUUGAGAAACAAUCUGGCCACAUUGACUAUGAUGACAAAGCAGACAUUGAGAUUGGAGAGACCUGUAUCACCGAUCUCACGGAGCUGGAUCCAGCUACAGAUAAACGGCUUCUGCGCAAGAUUGAUCUCUACAUUUGUCCUGUCAUGAUGCUGGUGUAUGCAGUUCAGUUCAUGGACAAACAGACCAACUCCACAGCUUCGGUUAUGGGUUUGAGACAAGAUCUCCACAUGGAGGGCAACGACUACUCGUGGUCGGGAACUUCCUUUUACCUUGGCUAUCUUGCGUUUGAAUUCCCUGCCGUCUACCUUCUCCAACGACUACCGUUGAUUCGAACAUUGUCUUCCUUCAUCAUUUUGUGGGGAAUCGUUCUGUGUCUUCAUGCUACGCCCAACUACCCCGGAUUCAUUGCUCUGAGGACCAUUCUGGGCAUGCUGGAGUCUGCUGUGACUCCGGCCUUUGUCAUCAUCACUUCCCAGUGGUAUAAGCGAGAGGAGCAGUUUCUGCGGACCUCUUUCUGGCUUGGAGCCAACGGACUCGGUCUGAUUAUUGGCUGUCUAACGGCCUAUGGACUUGCUAUCAACCACAAUUUGCCCAUACAUGGUUGGAAACUGGUCUUCAUCAUCACCGGAGUGAUCACCAUUGCUGUGGGUAUCCUCAUUCUGUUCCACUUCCCCGACGAGCCGUCAAAGGCGUGGUUUCUGACAGAAGAGGAACGCAAGUUGGUCGUGAUCCGCGUCCGAGGUAACCAGGGCUCGUUUGGAAACAAAAAGUUCAAAAAACAACAGUUUGUCGAAGCCUUGAGAGACCCCCGCACCUGGAUCUACUUCUUGUACUGCAUCUCCUCCAACAUUCCCAACGGAGGUAUCACCAACUUCUCCACCAUUCUGUUUUCAGAAACCCUUGGCCUGGGACCCAUUCGAGGACUCCUGAUGCAAACCCCUCAGGGCGCCGUUGAACUAGGAGGCUGUAUCAUUUUCGGACUCCUGGCACAGUACACUCAAUGGCGUCUGUUCUGGUCAAUUGUAGCUCAAUUGAUCGCAGCCGUGGCCAUGUGUUUACUUGCGUUCCUACCUGGCAACCAAUCGGCAGGUCUGGCGGGACUCUAUCUGCUCAUCAUCUACCCCGUUGGCUUCAUUUGUAUGCUCUCCUCAGUAGCAUCCAACACUACUGGACACACCAAAAAGGUGACUGUCAACGCCAUCAUGCUCAUAGGCUACUGUGUGGGCAACAUUAUCGGACCCCAGACCUUUAGAGCAGAUGAUGCUCCUCAAUACGUGCCUGCCAAGGUGUCCAUGGUCGUUCUUUUCUUCAUAGCCGUCGGUCUCAACACCCUGUUGUUGUUUGUCAACAUUGUGGAGAACAGAAAGCGAGACAAGGAAGGCACCAUGAACCCUUCUCCGCAAGAGCUGGCUGAGAUCCAGACUUCAGACAUGACAGACAUGGAAAAUCGGUACUUUAGAUACGCCAUUUAG